UUAAAUAAAAAAAAUAAUUUUUAUCCAUCAGGUGCUUCCAAAAUGGCACUCAUCACCCCAUAUUGGGGUCUAGAUGGCAUCCUUAUCCUCUCGUCGCUUCUCAUCGCUGCAUACUUGUAUGCAACCAGAAAAUUUAGAUACUGGGCUAAAAGGGGCGUCCUGGAAUUUCCACCGACGCCAUUCAUUGGAAAUUUUAAGGAUUGUCUUUUACUUAAAAAAUCAGCUUCGGAUUUCGUGAAGAAACUGUACGACAAUGGCAAAGGAUUACCUUAUGUGGGAUUCUAUAUUUUCGACAAACCAUUCUUGCUAGCUCGGGAUCCUGAGCUUGUGAAGAAUAUCUUGGUGAAAGACUUCAACGUAUUCAAUGACAGACACGCAUCUACGGAUGUAACCGAUCGACUGGGAUACGCGAACGUGUUCUUAAUGAAGAAUCCUGGCUGGAAGGUAUUAAGGGCAAAGCUGACACCCAUUUUCACUUCCGGGAAAUUGAAGAAAAUGUUCGAAUUGAUGAAUAUGGUCGCUGAUGAAUUGGAUCUGUACCUUGAGAAACAAAAUUUAG